UGCUGUGAGGGAGGCUGGAUGUGCAGACAACAAGCUGGUGCUGACAGGUGAAAUCUGUUGACCUGGCUGCUCCCGAAUCUUUUUCAGAAAUGUACCGACCGAUCUUGGUGGCACUUGUGGUGCUGCUCUGCUCUUCACCCUUGGUAAAUGGAGGGAAAGUCCUGGUGUUCCCCUUUGAUGGAAGCCACUGGAUCAACAUGAAAGUCCUCGUUGAGGAGCUUCAUUCAAGGGGUCAUGAAAUCACAGUGGUAAGGACAUCAGACAGCUGGUACAUCAAGCCGGAGUCCCCGUUCUACAAGUCCAUCACUGUGGAAUUGCCUGCUGGUUUUAAUGAGGGACACAUGGAGUCAUUUGCAACCAGAAUGAUGAACCUACGACGGACAGGUGCUUCACUUUGGACUCUUAUAUCUCUGGAGUAUGAAAUGGUGGAAUUGUUCUAUCAGAUGCAUGUUCUGGUGGUUCAGAUGGUGGAGGGGAUGUUUGAAAAUACAAAACUAAUGCAGAGCUUCCGCGAUGCCAAAUAUGAUGUGGUUCUGACAGACCCUGCAGCUGGUGCAGGGGUGUUUCUGGCUCACCGUCUGGGUCUUCCAAUUGUCCUCAAUGUGAGGUGGACUAUUCAAGGUGAGGCCCAUCCUGUAAUCGCACCUUCCCCACUCUCCUAUGUCCCAAUAGCAUUGUCAGAGCUGACUGACAAGAUGACCUUUCCCGAGAGAGUCAAGAACGUCUUUUGCUAUUUCUUCUUAUGUUUUCAAGUUUGGUAUGUCACAGACCAGAGCUACAAACCAUUUGUUCAUCGUUACUUUGGUAAAGAUGUACACUACAUGGAGCUGUUUCAGGCAGCAGACAUCUGGCUGAUGAGGAAUGAUUUUACCUUUGAGUUCCCACGACCCACAAUGCCAAACAUCAUCUAUAUGUCAGGCUUUCAAUGCAAACCCUCCAAGCCCCUGUCGAAAGAAUUAGAGGACUUUGUCCAGAGCUCUGGUGAGCAUGGCGUCAUCGUUAUGACAUUGGGAACCCUGGUGGCAAAACUUCCUGAUGACAUUGCUGAUGAAAUUGCUGCAGCUUUCGCCCAGCUUCCUCAGAAGGUGCUCUGGAGGAACAAAGGCAAAAAACCAUCCACCCUCGGCAACAACACCUUGAUCUUGGACUGGCUGCCCCAAACUGACCUCCUGGGUCACCCCAAGACCAGAGUGUUUGUGACCCAUGGAGGCACCAAUGGAAUACAGGAGGCCAUCUACAAUGGUGUCCCUCUGGUCGGCCUGCCCCUCAUGUUCGACCAGCAUGACAACUUCUACAAGAUGAAAGUAAGAGGUGUGGCCAAAGUCCUGGACAUUGCAACUGUGAACAGAGACAACUUCCUGGAGGCGCUGAAGGAGGUACUCUAUGACCCAACCUACAGGGAGAAGAUGAAGGUGCUGUCCAACCUGCAGAGAGACCAGCCCAUGGAACCACUGGACCGGGCCAUGUUCUGGAUUGAGUUUGUCAUGAGGCACAAAGGAGCAGCACAUCUGAGGACAGAGUCGUACAAGAUGUCCUGGAUCCAGUACCACUCAGUUGAUGUGAUGGCGUUUCUGCUGGCAGUUGUUUUGCUAGUAUUUGCUGUUUUCAUUUGUGCAGUUAAAUUUUUGUGGCGGAAAGUGUUUUCUGGAAGCAAAGUCAAAAAGGAAUGAUGAAUGUGAAGUGUUCUGCUCUGUAUUUAGAGUCCUGAGCUGGAUACAAACAUUCUUACACUGGUAAAGUGUGACGUAAAGUGGUCAUGCUCUGUUUCUUUGUGUGUUUGUUAGAAAGAUGAUUAAAACAUAUGUAACAACGCAGUUUGGUAAAACGUUAGAGCUCGAGUCAAAUCAGCCACCUUUAAUCCAUAUCCACGAUUCUUCUGACUACUUUGCUAUUUUUUGAGUAGAAUUUUUCUUCCUAUUUUUCAUUUUUGAGGUUACUGAAACAAAUGUUCAUGCUUAGUUUGCUAAGUAUCCAGUUCUGUGUCAAACAUCUUAAAAUUUGUUAUCAUUCUGUAUCUAAAUGAUUUUUUUGCACUAAAAAAGAAAAUAAUGAACAAUACAACUGUAUGUGUUUAUUGGAAUGCAUAUGCACUGAAUAUUUUGUGUAAGCUAUUAAUAAUGGGUACUGAUUCUGUUAAAUAAAGAACAACUUAAAUGAA